AUGGUGUCCAAGCAGCGUCGUCGUGGAGUUUUGGAGCCCGACAAGGCUACGGAACCUUUUCCAGACUUCGACGAAAGCCAACGUGUAUACGAGCCGACCGAACAGAAUUUUCCUCCAGAAUGGCAAAAUUAUCAAACCCUCCCUCAAGAAAUGUCGACACCGAACAUCAUGGACAUCCCUCCCGAGCCUUCAACCGGCUUGCCGACCAUGGCGGUGGGCGAAAUUCUGUUGGGUGAAUGGAUGGCCCCGCCUGACCCACGAGCCCUAUUAUCCAAAGUCUUCAUCACCGCCAGUCUUGCCGAUGAUGGGGCCCUCCAGUUUCAUUUUCGAUUUUGGAACCCAACAUUAUCCUUGUACCCAGCGCAAUUGAACACACAGUCACAAGUAACAAUGCCACUGUCACAGUUUGCCGAUGUCUCUUCCCAAAUCAAAUGGAUGGAGGUUGUAGAGUGGAGAUUGGCUAAUCAAUGCCCGGCCAACCUGUACGCAUAUGUGUUUGGUGAGCUAUACGAAUGUGGAUAUCUCUCGACGCAACAGUGCAGUGCUGCGUUCAUGUGUGGGAAUCUGACCGUCGAACACUUCGACGUCGCGAUUGGCGUCACGGUGACCAAAGUUGUGGAUUGUGGAGCUUGGUCUGAUAUGCAAAGGGAGGUACUGAGGCAACGAUUCACAGUGGCUCAGACGGAAACUUUUGAUUUCCUGGCAUGGGCCGAAAGAGAAAGGCAUGCCAACGACGGGCUUCCACGAAACUACGCCCGAUAUUACCUUGAACGUCUUAUGAAGGAUAUGUUAAUGUCAUGGGCACUCAUGAAGCGUGACAAGAAGGAGCUACUCGCGAGACCGUACCUCCUGGAAAUUGGGUGUACCACGGGCUAUUGGAGAUUUCGAGGUCAGUGUUACCUCACCUCGAAUGGCCAGUGGCACUACUUGCGACCGGAACCUUUUGGACCAGAUGUCACGGUACGUCAAGUUGAAACCAUGGUAUCGGUUCCAGUUCCACAGCCCAUGGUCACAGGCGGUCUCAACCCAGGUGGGAACGACCAUUAG